CCCGCAUUCACGUGAAGGCCACACUCCGGACCGGGCUACUGAUCUUGAAGCAAUCAGUCACUCGUUUCUCAACAUAUGGCGCUGCCACAGAACAACAGCGAAUAUGGCACAAAAACUUACUGGGACCUCAGAUAUCGCGAAGAAGCGCCAGACGCAACCUUUGACUGGUUCAAAUCCUACGCCGACAUCGCAGACGUCCUCAGGCAGUACAUCCCCGACAAAUCCGCCCGCAUCCUCAUGCUCGGCUGCGGCAACUCCACCCUCUCCCAGGACAUGUAUGACGACGGCUUCAAGAACAUCGUCAAUAUCGAUUUUUCGGGCGUGCUUAUCGAAAAGAUGAGAUCACUGCAUGCCGGGACGCGUCCAGAGAUGGAAUGGCACGAGAUGGACAUUCGAGACCUCAAAUUUGAGGACGGCUCGUUUGAUGUUGCCAUCGACAAAGGCACCAUGGAUGCGAUGAUGACCUCGGUCAAGGACGUCUGGAAUCCCCCAGAGCAUGUCAUCGAAGAUUGCUCAAGAGAAGUAUCAGAAGUCGUGCGAGUCCUCCGAAAGAAGAGUGGCAUCUUCCUCUACCUCACCUUCGGCCAGCCCCAUUUCCGGAAACGCCACCUCACGAUGCCAUCCUGCACGCUCGAAGUCAAGGAACUAGGCGACAGCUUCCAUUAUUACCUAUAUAUACUCCGAACCUAG